AUGGAAUCCUAUAUAAGGGAAAGUAAAAAGCUUACCCUUAAAAGUAAUAAGGGGAAGAAGCUACUAAGAUAUUUAGAUAUAUCUUUAAAUAAUAAAUCAUUACAUGAUAGUCAUAUAUUAGAACUAGUAAAAAUAUUGAAGAAGAUAAUAAAGAUAGUAUAUAAUACAUACUAUUGUUUAAAUAUUGAUUUAAGUGAAAAUUAUAUAACAUGUAUAGGAUUAAAAACAUUGUUAAAAUAUAUAUUAAAUUAUAAUGAGAAUAUAGGAGUAAAUAUAUUAAAAUUAUAUAAAAAUAGUAUAAAAGAUGAUGGGGCAUUAUUAAUUAAGCAGCUUGUAUAUAUACAGAAAAUCCCCAUGGAAGAGUUACAUUUAUCACAUAAUUUAAUACAAGACAAUGCAUGCAAAGAAUUAUUAUUAAGUUUUGUUCAGGCAAAAAAGGAUAGCACAUAUGUAUAUCCAAGAUAUGAUAAAUAUCAGAAUCCAUAUAAGCAUGCUCAAAUACCUGUAUGGAUACGUUUAGAAUAUAAUUGUAUUCAUAAUCCUAAAGAUAUAUUAAAAGAAGUAGAAGAUUGUGCAAAGAAAAAAAGAGGUUACAAAAGUAAUUUAAUUGUAUGCUCAGCUUUAAAAAGUGAUAAACGAUGUUGUCCAUACAAAUGCUUAAAUGCAUCUAUUCGUAAUACUCCCAUUAUGCAUGUGUAUAUGUUUAUUCAUCAAAAAGAAAAUAUUGUGAACGGUAAAAUGAAAGAAGAGAAAAACGAUUUCGUUUCUCUGGAAGGUGUCCUAGAUAAAAAUGAAAAGAGCAACUUUAAUAAUGAUAAGAAUGCUGAUGAGAAUAUGAUAAAAUUGGAUAGCAGUAAAUUAGGAAAUAAGAAUAAAUUUAAGAAUGAAAAUGAUGAAUUUGAAGAAGAAGAAGAAGAAAUAGAUGUUGACGAUGUUGAUGACGUUGACGAUGUUGAUGACGUUGACGAUGUUGACGAUGUUGACGAUGUUGACGAUGAUGAAGAUGAUGAAGAUGAUGAGGAUGACGAAGAUGAUGAUGAAGAUGAUGAUGAAGAUGAUGAUGAUGAUGAAGAUGAAGAUGAUGAUGAUGAUGAAGAUGAAGAUGAUGACGAAGAUGACGACGAUGACGAGGAUUAUGACGAUGAUGAUGACGAGGAUUAUGACGAAGAUGAAGAUGAUGAUGAUGAGAAUUACAAUUUGAAGGAUAAAAAUAAUUUGAAAGGUUUUGAAAAUAAUAAGAGGAUAAAAGGUAACAAGAAAGGUUCUGAGAAACCAUUUGUUGUUAAUAAAGAAAUGGUUGUUGAAAAUAAGAAUAAGAAUAUAAAUAAUGAGGAGGAUGAAAAAAAUAUUGAUAAAAAGAAAAGUAUGAAUAAGAAAAAGAGGAAGAAGAAGAAGAAGCGUGUGAAUAAUUACAACAAUAAUAAUAACAUCAAUAAUAAUAAUAAUAAUAAUAGUAAUAAUAAGAAGAAAAGUAAUUUGGUUAAAGAUAAGAAGAAUAGUAGUACCAGUACAUGUAAUAAAUUUAUGAAUAAUACUCAUAAUUUAAAUAAAAGUUUUAGUAAUAUAGCCUCUGAUAUGUAUAAUAAGGAUACAAAUAUGAGUUCAUUAAAUACCAGUGAAAAUACUUUACCUUUAUAUAUAAUAUUGGAUUGUUCUGCUGUAUUAGAUAUGAAAGAAUUAUGGAAGGAUAAGUCGAUUUUACCAUUUAGUUUUCCAGGUUUAUUAUAUUUAUAUAAUAAUAAAUUAUUGAAGGCUAAUACAAUUGGUAAUAAUAAUAUUCAUAUGAAUAGUAAUAAUAAUAACAAUAAUAAUAAUAAUAAUAAUAAUAACAAUAAUAAUAAUAAUAAUAACAAUAAUAAUAAUAAUAAUAAUAAUAAUAAUAAUAAUAAUAAUAAUAAUAAUAAUAGUAGUAGUGGUAAUAAUAAUACUAAUAAACCAGGGAACGAUAAUUUCAUAUGUCUUAUGUGUAGUUAUGUAGCAAAUGAAUUGAAAAUGGUUUGUCAAAAGAGCGAGAUAAUAAGACAAAAAAUGAUUAACUUGAAAUUAAAUAUUUGGGAUAAACUUUCUGAAUUAGGAAUUAUUGAAUUUUUAAGUGUGCCUAAAGAUUUUAAAGAAAAUAAAAAGAACUUUUUAAAUUCUUCUUUUUUAACAGAUGAACAGAUAAAGCUAGCUAAUGAAUAUUAUGAUAUAUCAUAUGAAACCCUACAGAUGAUACAAUUUUCUAUUGUAUGGUCAACAUAUAUUUUUAAAAUUAGUAAUAAAGAGAUUAUUAUAGAAAAUAAUAAAAAAGAAAUAAAUAAAUCGGAUAUGAAGAAAAGUAAAAAGACGAUUUUUACAGAGGUUUUGUAUUUAACAUCUUCUUCGAAUAUUUAUUCUUUUUUUGAAUAUUUAUAUGAACAAGAUAUUAAUUUUAUAUUACCAUUAUGUGUAACCGUUAAUCAAAUUAAUAAAUAUAUACAAGAUGAGCACAGUUAUAUUAUAGAUAUUUUGAUGAAUAAUGCGAAAGCGGAUAAAUAUGGCAAAUUACAAUUUAAUAAAUCAUUUUUUCAACAGUUUAUAAAAGAAAAAUAUUCAAAGUAUUUGUAUACUAAUACAAAGGAAGAAAUAAUAAAUGAUAAGAAGAAACAAAGUAAAAGCACUUUAUGCAACACCAAACCGUUGUCAUGUGAUAUUUUAGAACAGGUGAAUGAAGAACAACAGAUGUUUAAUAGUAUUAAGAAUAAGGAUGGUAUAUUAUCAUCCCAAAAUAAUUUACAAAAUAAUAAUGGAAGUGAAUAUUUGAUAGAUGAUGGCAUGGGAACAAUGCGGAUAUCAGAUGAUAUGUUGAAUAAUUCGAAUGACAUAAAGAAGAAGAAGAAUAAUAAUAAUAAAAAAUUUUCAUCAGUACAACAGAUGGUUGAUAAUAAAUCUGUAGCUCAACCGAUUCUUUCACAUAAUAAUAAUAAUAAUAAUAAUGUGAACAGUAUUAAUAAUAAUAACAAUAGUUACGAUAUUUAUGAUAUUAUAUCUGUAAAAUCUUUUUCAAAUGACAAUGUAAACAACAUGUGUAAUGUUGAUAAAAUGAUGAACGUUCAUAAUAAUAUAGUAUCAUCAAAGAAUAUGAAAGAAGAUGAAUUGUUAAAAGAACAUCAUUUAUAUUUAAAGAAAGGAAGUGAAGUUGUUCCUAAUAAUCAAUAUUAUAAUUUAGGGGAAUAUAAUAAAUUAAAUUUACAAAUGUUAAAUAUUACUGAUUUAGAUAUAUUAGAAAAACGAACAGAUAUAAAUGAUAUAUUUAAUAAUAGUUUGUCAGAAACAAAUAAAAGUGCAAAUAACACCACCACCAAUAAUAAUAAUAAUAAUAAUAAUAUUCAUAAUAAUAUUCAUAAUAAUAUUCAUAAUAAUAUUCAUAAUAAUGGAGCCGUACGAACCAAUCCCGUAUCUUCCGAAAAUCAUCUUAUUCUUGAUAAUAGAAAUAAUAAGAAAAAAACAGACAUGUUGGAAAAUAUGUUAUAUUGUUCAACUGUUGAAAGUAAGUUAAUGGGUUUGAAUAAAAAUAAAAUGGAAGCGAACCUUGAUAUGAAUAAUGAUAAUAUAAACAAUGAUAAUAUAAACAAUGAUCAUUUAAAUAAUGAUAAUAUUAACAAUGUGGCAAGGGGACAUACCGUGGAUUCUGAACUUACCACAGAAGACCCAGUUAUACAAAAGAAAGGAGUAUGUAAAGAUAAAUCAGGAACGCCAUCUGAUAACAAAGUUAGUAUAUAUGAAUUGUUAAUAAAUGCAUUUAACGGUAAGAAAAAAAAUGUCACCAAAAAUGUAAAUGAAAAAAAUAAAAAUGGAGUGAACGAAGAAGGUGUAGGACUAAUGAAUGAUGCAAAUUGUAAUACGAACAAUAUGAAUAAUGUGGACAAUACCAAUAAUGUGGAUAAUACGGAUAAAUUGGACAAUACGGAUAACUUGGACAAUACCAAUAACGUGGACAAUACCAAUAACGUGGACAAUACCAAUAACGUGGACAAUACCAAUAACAUGAACAAUAACAAUAACAUGAACAGGGAUGAUAAAGACCAAUCUAUACUUAUGUCACAGAUCAAAUUAAAGAACGAUCAUCGAAUUGAAGAAGAGGAACUUCAGUUGAAAGGUAAAACAAAUCAUAAGGAUAAUGUAAUAAAUGAAAAAAGGAAAAGCAUGGUGGAAAAGAAAAGCAUUAGUCUCCAUAAAAAUGUUAAUAAUAAUGAUAAUCUUGCCUUUUUGAACAACCAACAAGAUGAUAAUGUAAGCCACGCAAACCAUACAAGAAGUACCAUACACAAAAUGAGCGUGUUUCAUAACAACAACAUGAGUAAUAUUCCAUCAGGCUGUGCAAUGCAGAAUGAUGAAGACAAUAUGGUUCUUCUUGGUAACGAGAAUAUGCUUUUUAAAAAAGGUGGUAGCAUAAUGAAUUUUGGAGAUGUUGAUAAUAAUACAACUUGUGCAAUGAAUAAAAAUGAGAGAAGGUUAACAAAUAAUAUGAAGAGUGGUCAUAACAUUAUUGCUGAUAAUAAGGAUGAGGAGCUUUUGAAUGUGGAAAAAAUAAAUAAUGGAGAAUUAUUACAUAUUGGUAAGAACAUAUGUUCUGAACAAUUAAUAAAUCAACGUAAAGUUGUUGAAUGGAAACAUUCAUUUGAAAAUCACAAAGUAGAUAUAGUGAACACUUCUAUGUUAUUAGAGGAGUUGAUAUUGAAUCCUACAGUAUGUAAAUAUGUACCAGGUGAAUUAUAUAAUAGAAUAUUAAAAUGUUAUGAAAAGUUAGAUUUUAUGAUAACAAAUUUGAAUAAUAUAAAUGAGGAAAUGGAAACUAUGAAAAAUGUAUAUAACACAGAAGGUAAUAAUAACAAAAAUAAUAAUAAUAAUAAUAAUAAUGAACAUGGUGAACAUAACAUUGACAAUAUUGUUAAUAAAAAUGUUAGGACAAGUUUAUUAAAAAAUGAUAAUAUAAAAACAACAACAACCGAAAGAAAUAAUAGUAUAAACCAUUCGAUGAAUAAAAAUGAUGUCAGUAUGAUGUAUGAUGAUUUUAAAAAUUAUUGGGACUCACCUCUUGGAAAAAAUAAUAGCAUAAAUAAUUUGAUGAUGAUGAAUAAUAGUAUAAAUAAUAUUAACAGUGGUUUUAAUUCGAUGAAUCUAACAGCAAGCGAAUUAAUGAAAAGCUUAUCUAACGGUAUACAUUUGAAUCAAAAAAUGAAUACUUUGACAUCUUCCUUGCCUCAUGACUUUUUGUUGAAUAAUAACAUGUUGGGUUCUAUGACAAAUAAUAAUAAUAACAGCAAUAAUAAUAAUAAUAAUAAUAAUAGCAAUAAUAAUAAUAACAGCAAUAAUAAUAAUAAUAGCAAUAAUAAUAAUAUAAAUUUGGGUAUGACUACUCCUUUGAACAAUGCAAAUAUAAUACAGAACCAUUUAAAUAAUUCCAUGUUAAAAAAUAAUAUGGUUAAUAAAAAUUCCGCACAUAAUUUGGCUAGUCACUUGAAUAACAACAACAAAGUAUCUAAGAAGAAGUCGACCCUUUCUACGUACAACAAUAAUAUGAAUGAAGGUAAUAAUAGUAUGAAUUUAAAUAUGAAUAUGAAUUCGACAAAUAAUUUGAAUAGUUCCAGUGUGAUGAUGAUGUUGAUGAAUAGUGCUCAGAAUAAUUCGAUACAGAAGAAAUAUAUUAAUAAUAAUAAUAAUAAUAAUAAUAAUAAUAAUAGUAAUAGUAAUAAUAAUAGUAGUAAUAGUAAUAAUAAUAAUGAUAUGACGGUGUUAUUGAAUAACAUGAAUGAUGUAAGGAUCAAUCCAAACGUUUUAUUAAAUAAUAAUAAUUUAUUUUUUCAAGGUAAUAAUUAUAAGAAGGAUGAAUCAAAUACUGGGAAUAAAAUGAGCAAGGAUAUGAAUGUUAUUAAUAAUGCGCACGCGAAUGUUGAAAUAAUGAAAAAUGAUAACAUGAGCAAUAAUAACAGCAGUAAUAAUAAUUUUGUUGUAGGUAGAGAUUUGAAGGAUAUAAAAACUCUUAAUAAAAUAUUAUUGUUAAAUAAUAGUAAUUUGAAUAGUGUAAAGGGAGUAAGUUUGAAUGAAAAACAAUUAUUAAAUUAUAUUAAUAAUAAUAAUAAUAAUAGUAGUAGUAGUAGUAAUAAUAAUAUGAGCGGAAUACCAUCCGUGAACUCUAAUAUUGAUACAAAUCUUCUAACCCUUUUAAACAUGACAAAAAAUAAUAACAAUAAUAAUAAUAAUAAUAAUAAUAAUAAUAAUUAUAUUAAUAAUAUUGGUUCGGGAAUUAAUUCCACUGGCAUUAGUAAUAAAAACCUUAUGAUAAAUCAUCAGAAUGCAAAAAAUAAUAACCAUAACAAUAAUAAUAAUGAUAAAUUCAAAGGAAACCCUUUUAAUGAUUUUAAUGGAAUAGUUACUUCUAAUAAUAUUAAAAAAAUCUUAAACAAUGAAAAUAAUAAUAAUAAUAAUUUGUAUAUGAUGAAUAAUAAUAAAACACCCAUAAAUGAUAUUAAUGUCAAAUAUGUAGAAGCAUUAAACAGUCAAUUUAAUUUCUUAUCAAGAGAUAGUAGAAAGAUAGACACGGAAAAUAACGCGAUUAACAUAUUAAACUUUUCGAACGAUCUAGAAAAAAAAUCUAAUAAUACCAUGGUAGAUAUAUGUGAAAAGACCAACGACAAAAAGAUAUAA